AUGUUGAGGAGACCUUUUUUCUUUUUAAAUAAUAGCUAUUACGAAAUUCAAAAUAUCUAUCCUAUUUUACGCUUCAAAUCAGUGGCGUAACAACCACACAAACUUACCAACCUUCAUAUCGCGUCAACUCAACUUACAUAACUAACAAUAAAAAUUGGUUUUGUUGCUAUUUUAUUAUUUCAAACGUGAUUUCUUGGUUGAAUUGCAAAACAGAUUGUAAAUUAGUAAAUAAUUUUGAAUAAGUAAUUGGGUACGGUGUCAUGUUACGCCACUGUGUCUGCAAACAACCGGUAACAAUAUGGCGAUAAGUUUGCUCGAAACGUAUAAACGGCGUUAGCACGUUUCGUCGAAAAUAAACGAAAAAAAUAACGUCGUAAAGACGUACCGAGUAGUCGUUUGAUUACUUCCGGCUGUGUUCGGUGCGUUCGUGUUGUGUAUCCGGUGAAUUAAUGUCACAAACGGCGUCGAUUGCGCGAUUUCUAACCAUCGUCCGGGCAUAGUUUUCGGUUUGUUAUGGCGUCAAACGAAGACGACAGUUCUUUCUCCAGCCCGGAAACGAAAUUAAACCCAUCAACAGCAUCCAACGAACAAUCCAACAGUUGCCCGUGUAUUAACCAAGAAAAAAAUGAUAUUAAAGAAACUUUUUGUACAAAUAUGUACGACUCCGAAAACAAUCAAAACUUUGGUGUAUCACUUCCAAAGGUAUAUUAUUCGCCAGAAAACAUAGCUGUCGGUCAUGAAUCCGAAUCGAUUGACGUUGAAUCAAAGACGGAAAAAAUUCUUAGCGAUUCGCCUACAAGCUAUGAAAAGGAGAAUAAUUAUAACAAUAACGGCCAAGUUGAUAAAGAAAGUUGGAUUUUACAAACGCUGGAAGAAGUGAAAGUGAAGGGCCAAAAGCGGGCGUUAAACACGACAGUUGAUUGCCCGAUUGAAAAGAAAAAGCGCGCUUUUGAACCGCCAAAUCUAUUAAACCACGAUGAAAAGAGUUUUAAUUGUAAUAGUAAAAUUAAUUGUGAUACUUCGGAUAAAAUUAAAACUUACAAACCGCUUAAUAAUGGACACACAUUAAACGGAGUUGAAUCCGAGUCUGAUACAGAUAAAGAAAAUAAUGACAGCGUUUGUAAAGAUCGUGUUACUAAUGAUGGUGUUGAGGAAACAGAUAAUGAAAUACAAAGGUUCACGCGAAAAUUUCGCGCUAAAUCGUUAGAUUUACAGAUAACAUCGACAAAACCUUUCCAAACUCCAAGAGCGAAAAGUUCCACGGAAAUGAUUUCGCACGAAAACAUUGCAGAAUUCAUUGGAACACCAUGUCAGAUAAAAACAGAACCCCAAGAAGUCAAAUUAAACGGCGACAUCAAAGAGAACAAUCACAAGAAACACGAGAACAAAUCAAAAUAUGAUGAUAAAUACAAAAAUAAUCACAAACCAAGUGACAGAUAUGAUAAAAAACGCGAUUACUCGAAAGAUUCGAGUCGAAAACGCAGUCAUAGUCACAGUCACAAUGACAAACACGAAUCCAGUCAUAAAAAAGAUAAAAAGGAAUCGAGUUCAAGUCAUAGUCAUAGAAAAGAGUCGAGUAGAAGUGAUCGACAUCAUCGACAUCACUCUUCAAAAUAUCGCUCGUCUAAAGAUGAUAAAUAUACAUCAAUAGGCAUACAAGCUUCUGGAAGAGACGACGAAAAACGUCGUCACGAUCGAAAGAUUAUUGAACCAAGACCGCGAUUAAUGUUAUCCGGGAAUUAUACAUAUCCACCAUCUGAAUUGCGUUUAAAAUAUGCCAAGUAUUUCCAUAUAGAAACGCAUUCAAACGGAGGCGCAAAAGUUGUUCACGCCUAUCAUGAUGAAAUAAAACACUUAACGGGCCAAAACUUACGAGAUUUAGUCGAUGAGUACUUUCGAUUAGCUUUUGCGGAAGACGAAAAUCAUCGCGCUAUUUAUGUUAUGGCGAUUGUACACGGAUCCGGGGCGCAUAUUCCCGAUUUAUUAGAUUAUAUGGCUACCGAACAUCCGGCUGUUAUUGUGAAACAUGGAUUUUUGAAUAGAACGUCCGAUUUAGAGACGACCACAUUCCGACAAUACAAUGAAAACGUUAUUCGCAAUUAUGAUAACGGUACUUAUCGAUUUGGACCAUUACACCAAGUUAGUAUUGUUGGAACAGCGCAUGAAGAGGUUGGGGGAUAUUUUCAGGACGUUUUAUCUAUUUUAGAACAAAAUCCGUUUCUACAACAAACGAUGCCUUGGGGUCAAGUAUCCGGUGUUCACAUGCACCCAACAGAUUCAAAUGACGGCCCAAUACUGUGGUGUCGCCCAGGGGAACAAUUAGUACCAACAGCUGAUAGUAGAAGUCCGGCGAAACGGAAACGAACCGGCAUAAACGAGUUGCGGAACCUCCAGUACCUUCCCCGAUUAUCGGAGGCGCGCGAACAUCUUUUCGAGGACCGAACGCGAGCUCACGCCGAUCACGUUGACCACGGGCUCGAUCGCCGCACAACGGCCGCCGUUGGACUCCUAAAAGCCAUCCACGCAGGCCGCGACGAAGGAAAAAUUAACCGAAUUACGAAAGAUGUCGUUGCAUUUGACGCAAAAGAUUUUGAGAUUAUAUCAGAAAAGUUACAUUUGGAUUUACAUGAACCUCCAACAUCUCAAUGUAUAUCUUGGAUAGAAGAUGCUAAAUUAAACCAGUUGAGGCGCGAGGGAGUGAGAUAUGCAAGAAUAAACCUUUAUGAUAACGAUAUUUAUUUUUUACCAAGGCGGAUAAUUCAUCAAUUUAGGACUGUUAGUGCAGUGACGAGUGUUGCAUGGCAUAUAAGAUUAAAAAUGUAUGGAGAGCCCGUAAAACCAGGCACAGGUCCCGAAUUUUUAUCAUUAAAUGGUACAUUAAUUCCGGGAAUGGCGGAUAGACCCAUAGCAAAAUCAGAUCAAGUGAAAGUGGAGCGUGAAAAAGAAAAAGAAAAACACCGCGAGAAACAAAACACCACGAAACAUACUUCAACUAAAGAAGAAGAUUUAAAGCGACCCCACAAAGGUGAUAAAUCCGAAAAUCCUCAUAGCAGACAUUACGACAAAGAUUACACGCCAAGUAAACAUAAAAGUUCGAAACGAGAUCGACAUGACGACGAUAAAAAGAAACACAGGCACAAAUCGUCGUCAGAUCAUCAUCAUAGAUCGUAUACAGAUCAAAAUAAAUCGGUUAAAAAUGUGUUAAUUUCUUCGACGGGAAGUUCCCCUGAAAAUAUAAAGAAGGUUGAGUCUAAAGAGGUGAAGGUACAAAAAACUGAUAAUCACGAUGUUGUUGUGAAAAAGUCAGACAGUGAAGUAAUAAAGAAAACUGAUGAUGUGAAGAAACCGCGACCACCAAAAAUUAAGAAACCCGAAAGUAUCGAUGUUCUCGGUGAUAUUCUUAAACAUAUGACACCGAAAAAACAAUAGUUAACGGUGUUUUAUUGAAAGUUUUAAAUUAAUUUUGAGGUUGUUUAUUAAAAAAAUUUUUUAAUAACGUUUUAGUUAUUCAAUAUUCAGUUCUAAUUUAUUCAAAUAACCUCAAAAUGAUUAUAUUUCCUUUUUUAAAUAUAAAUAUGUAUAUAGUAUAUUAUAAGCAAAGUUGUACACCAAUUUCUAUCAUCUUUGUAUAGUAUUCAGUUGAAUUAAUUCAUUUAAUUAAUUUAGGAGUUUGCUUUUUAGAUGUUUUCUUUCUAAAUUUUUCUCGACGAUUAUUUAUGCAGCUAAUUUAUAUAGUAAUAUAUAAUAAGUUCGUUCUAGAAAUGAUUGUUUUCAAUUUAUUGGAAUAAACAUAAUAAAUAAAUAAUAAAGAUCUCGUGAGAAACACUUUUUUUGGAGAAAAUAUAUAUAUAUAGGUUCUAUGAGAGUACUAUUUUUAGGUUACGUAUUUUUAGCUAUUUAUGACGUAAGUGAAAAUAAAACAAUAUAUAAUUAAUUGAUUAAGAUGAUAUAUGUGUAUAUAGGCCCCUUUGUACAGAUAGAUUUUUAAGGUGUACAGAUUUUUUUAUAUAGCAAGAGUUGUUACGAAAAUUAAAAUGUAUAAAAAUGUUACAUAGAAAAAAUAAUAAUAACAAUUAAUACAUUCACAUAAUUACAUCACUUCUAACGUCGUAAACGUUUAAUCGCUUUAUACUUCCCGUUUUAUGACUAAUUCUCAAUCAAAAAAGAUUAACUAAUAAAUGAUAGGCAAAAAAUUGAAGUAAUUAUGUGGAUACAUAUAUUACAAGUAUAUUUUCCUAUCAACAAUUCUUUUAAAAUAUAUAAAUAUAUACAUAUAAAAAGUGUGUAAUAAAAUAAAAAGUUUUGGAGCGAUAUAAAAUCUACUUAUCUACUAUUUAAAAAAAAACUUUCUUUCUCCAACUUAAAAAAAUAAAUUAUCACUCAAUAUUUUUUAUUUUAUUAAACACGCGAUUAUAAACAUUUGUAUAUUACCCAAUAUUUGCAAAAAAAAAGUAAUAAAAAAGGUUUCAUUCCUUUUUUUAAGAUUUUCUUGGUUGAUAACUAGAUUAAUUAAUUAUAAAAAUCGGAUCCCCGUCUUGGCUUAUGUUGGCCUGUUGCAAUUUACAUUUGUGUGAUGUGUAUCGUCUUUUUCGUUUAUAGAUUUACGACGAAAGAUUAAAAAUGAAAUUCAGCAAA